AAAAGAAAGGAGGAAGACACUCCGCGAGUGACCUAGCUCUCGGCCCAUCCCUCUCUAUCCCCCGCCGCCGCACCAGCUCCGCCUCCGCCACUUAAAUCUCCGGCGACCGCCGAAGCUCCAGUGACCGUCCUCUUCACCCUCUCCCGGCCGCCGCUAUGAGGCGCUUUCUCACCCAUCUCCACCACCACUCCCACCGCCUCCGCCCAUCCCCACCACUCUCUCGUAUCCCCACAACCAAGAACAACCUCCCUUUCCUUGUCUCCCGUCGCCUCCUCUCCGACGACGCCUCUCCUCCGGCCGCCGCGCCGUCGCCUCCCCCUCCUCCUCCUCCAGCCGCCGCGCCACCGCCUCCCCCUCCGCCGUCAGCCAUCGACGUCCCAAACGAAGAAUUGAAGCGGAGGUUGGAAGCUUACUAUAAGGUGGAGGAUGAGUCGGAGCUAUCGUCUGUGGCUGUGGCUGUUCUCGAGCGGAAUCUUGCAGAUGCACACAGUGAGACCGAUGAUGAACUUAUCGAGGAGCUGCGCGACAGGCCACUUCCUCAGGUCCAUGAUCGGGACUUUGAGGCUGACUUUGACGAGAUGUAUGAGACUGAUGAGGAGCUUACUGACCUGUACAACGCGAGGCAGUAUGUUGAGAAAAAGAUGAAGGACGAUAAGUCAUCUAAUAACAUGAAUGAAACCAAGUGGGAUGAGGAGAUCAAGAAAGCAGCAGAGAAGGGCCAGCUGAGUAACAUGAAGGAGUGUGAGGAUAUCCUCGAGGACAUGCUCCACUGGGACAAGUUACUACCUGAUGAGAUAAAGCAAAAGGUGGAGGCCAAAUUUAACGAGUUGGGGGACAUGUGUGAGAGGGGGGAGCUUGAACCUGAGCAGGCUUAUGAGCUAUUUAAAGAUUUUGAGGAUAAGAUGGUCUCGGAGUGCACAGAACUGAUGGAAGCAGAGCCGCUGACUGUAGAUGAACUUUCUGAGGCAGAUAAUAAGAGCGCCGAGUUGAAUGAUCCACCUGGUGAGGGACCUGUUCUAAGGUGGGAGUCACGCAUUGUCUUUGCUCCUGGUGGUGAUGCAUGGCAUCCCAAAAAUAGGAAAGUUAAACUCAGUGUAACCGUCAAGGAACUGGGACUUUCACGGCAUGCUUUCCGUCGAUUACGUGAGGUUGUUGGAAAGAGGUAUAAUUCAGGAAAAGAUGAGCUCACAAUAAUCAGUGAAAGGUUUGAUCAUCGAGAAGAGAACAGAAAAGAUUGCUUGAGAACACUGUAUGCUCUAGUGGAAGAUGCGAUGAAAGCCGACGUGUUGGCCAAUGCUGCUAGAGAUGCUUAUGUUAAGGGGAGGCUCCAGGCUAACUCUCAGUUCAUGGACCGGCUGAAGAUGAAGACUCAAAAAUUAAGGCAAGCUGCAUAAGCUGCGGAAUGGAGCUUCCGGUUGGAAUAUUUCAUCUCCCUUGUUAUCAAUUAUGGAGACCGUCAUGCUCAAUAUUUGUACGGCUAUCUGCAAUACAUGGAUAAGGAGAAAGAUGUGUCCUGCACUUCAUUUUGCUGCCCUUCUUUGCACUAUUUUGUAGGUUUACUGUAUAUUUUGCUCCUUCCGAAGGAAACUAUAUUUUAUAUUCCGAACAUACCAUGCCCGUGCAAACCACUUUGCACAAGCGAUUAGUGAAGAAACUAUUAAUUGUCCCGGAAUAAGAAAGCUACGCCUCGCUGAUUGUAGUAAAUUUUUCUUCAGCUCUGUCAUUUGGCAAA